UACAUCUGGGGCAGAAAAAACAAUGUAUGCAGAUUUACAUCAGAUGCUCAAAAUUACUAGACUAUGGCAUGGCUUCACAUCAGCAAUGCAUUAUAUGCUUAAUUAGAUUUUUAGAUUAUGUUGGAUACAUUUUUGGCUUUUUAUCCUGUUUGUGGUGCAGAUUUCAGGUUUGUGGUGCAGAUAUAUAUAUAUAUAUAUAUUAGAGAUGCACCGGCCAACAAUCGGUAUCGGCCGAUAAAAGCUAUUAUUAUCACUGUCGGCCAUCGGCCGAUGAUCAGGGCCGAUUAUAUCCUGUCAAUCAAAAGGGUGCGGAAAAGCGUGUCAGACUGCAACUCAUACAUACUGUGUGUGAAGAAAAUCACUCUUGUGUUGAAUUUCUUCUUCUUCUUCUUCUUGGAGGUUGGCAAACCAGCUUUUGUGUUGAAUUUUAACGCAUUAACAGUUUUAAAAUAGUGACGCUAAAGCAGGCUCUUUUUGACCCUGUGAAUCACCCGUAUUUCAAGCCAGGGUUGCCAGGUCUGCGUUUUUAUUUUAAUUUUUGCUACAUCAAAUAUUAUUUGUAGCGCCUCCCGUCCAAUAAUCGCAAAAGGCUUUGUGCUUUGUUACUUCUGAUAAGAAUUAAAGUUUCCGUUUUCAAAUUCUGUCCAUUUUAUAAUGAAAUUCAAACAAUAAAUGGCGUUUUGAUGCUCUUAAAUGUGACGUGUCAGAUCGCUGUAAUGUUUAGUUCAGGCGGCAGUGCGGUUCUUCCUCUUCAAUACAAGUUAUAUCUCGAAAAACAUGCAUGAUUCUCAAAGGUAUGUUGAAAAAUAUAGCCUAGUACAACUUACCAGAAUGCAUCACGUCUCAUGUAAUCACUUUAUUUGUGAUUCAACCGCGGAAAGACGUCAAUAAAAGCUUGUGAACAAUAUGUCACAUCAUGUCAAAUUUACCUCAGGAAUGUUUUCCAGUGUUCACAGUUCCUUAGCUAUUUAUAUAUAAAAAAAACAUUAGAGAGGAGCUUAUUUACUGUUAAUUAUGUUUGUGUAAAUUUGCCGUGAAGACAACAAGUGCUUAUGAAAACUACCUACAAACAUUUCAGUUUUUAUUUGAGUGUAAUUGUUAUAUAUGAAAAUAAACAGCAGCUGAAUAUAAAACUAUUGUUGUUAAUUGUAACCUCUAAUAUUGUAGUGUACCAAAUGAGAGGGUUCCCUGUAUAGUUUGCAACAUUAUUUGGGAGAAUUUUUUUUUCUUUAGAAAAACCAAACUAUCGGCAUCGGCCGAUAUCAUUCUGAAUAAUCGGCUAUUGGUAUCGGCAGAGAAAUUUAGUAUCGGUGCACCUCUAAUAUAUAUAUAUAUAUAUAUAUACAGUGACCAAUGGAGUAAUGGAAAUUCCCCAAUUUGUGUUUGUCAUUUUUGAUACUUUUUUUAGGUUGUGAAAUGUGUAUUUGGAGAAUGUGUGGGUUUGAGAUUGUACAACCUUUUGCCUUCUGAUGUUAAGCACUGUCGACAUUUAUAUUAACCAAUGAGACACAUAGUUGGGGGAAAUUACCAUGGUGAUUAUUAUGUAGGGUGGAGACAGCAUGUGUGAUAAAUUAUAUAUGAGGUAACAUUAUAAAUCUGACCUUUAAACAACAGAAAACCAUGAAAAUAUUUAAUAAGGAGAGACAUUCAGCUGAAGUACGUCAGUACGUCCCACAGGUGGCCUGAGGUUUUGUUGAGCUGUUUAGGUCAUGUGCACAGGGAUAAUAAAGUGGUUUCCUCAGGACACACAGAACAGAAUACAGUGAAUUCUCUAUAGACAAGAUGGACAAUCAAAGACUUUCACAGAGUGAGAUCUUCAAUCCUAAUCCUGUUUAUGGUCUGAAUGAAGCAGAACUAGAUAUCCAGGGACAGCGCAGGUGGAAGGCGCAUCGGACAAUUUGGGAAAAGCUGAAGGAGGAGAGCCAGUAUUCAGGUCCACGGCUGAAGAGCUGCUUCCUGUCUAUUGCACCUCUCCUGUCAUGGCUGCCACAAUACUCACUCAGGAAAAAUGCUGUUGGAGAUGUGAUAUCAGGAAUCAGUGUUGGAAUCAUGCACUUGCCUCAAGGGAUGGCUAAUGCUUUGCUGGCUGCAGUUCCUCCAGUGUUUGGUCUGUAUUCGUCUUUCUACCCUGUUCUCAUCUACUUUAUAUUUGGAACAUCCAAACACAUCUCUGUGGGUACAUUUUCUAUCCUUUCCAUCAUGGUCGGUACAGUAACAGGUGAUGUGGUGUUUGAAGGCAGUGGAGCAGAGAGCAAUGAGAUGGAGUCUGAAAGCAUGAGAGUUGCCUUUGCAGCUCAGUUGACCAUUCUGUGUGGAUUAAUGCAGAUUCUGCUGUAUAUGCUGCGUUGUGGAGGGGUGUGUCGGUGGUUGUCUCAGCCGUUGGUCAGUGGAUACACUAUGGCAGCUGCUGUCCAUGUGACUGUUCACCAGUUGCCUUUACUGAUGGGCAUCUCCAUAGUCAGACACAGAGGCGUCCUCGCUGUUUUCUGGAUGUUUUUAAACAUUGCAUCUGGAAUCAGGAGAGUGUUACCGGCGACACUGGUAGUUUCCUUUGUCUCCCUGGUUAUACUUGCUGGUGGAAAGGUGCUGAAUUCGUGCUGGAGCACUCGAUUUCCCAUUCCAUGGGAGCUGGUACUGAUUAUCUUUGCCACUGUGUCAUCAGUGCAGUUUGAUUUGUCUGGUCAGUAUGGAAUACAGAUCGUUGGACCCAUACCAACCGGUCUCUCACCUCCCUCUCUUCCAUCAUUUUUCUUCUCUCAGGAGCUUUUUUUGACAGCUCUUGCGUUGGCAGUGGUGGGCUAUGGUCUCCAAGCUUCUUUGGGCAUGAUGUUUGCUCAUAAACAUGGGUACCCCUUUCACAGCAACCAGGAGCUGUUGGCUAUGGGUCUGUGCAACUCUAUUGGAGGGGUGUUCCAGUGCUUUCCAGUAAGCGGAUCCUUAACUCGCAGCGCUGUGCAGGAGAGUACAGGCGGACAAACUCAGGUGUCUUCUCUGGUGUCUGCACUGAUAAUUCUAUUGAUCUUACUGAAGUUUGGCCCCCUUUUUCAGCAGCUUCCAAAGACAGUUUUGGCUGUAAUUAUUUUAGUUAAUCUGCAAGGGGUUUUUGCACAAGUUAAAGAUGUGCAUAAACUUUGGAAUACAGACCGCUUGGACCUGGUAGUGUGGGUAGUGACACUGCUUAGUGCUCUGGUGUUUAACCUGGACCUGGGGCUUGGCAUUGCAAUUUUGUUUUCUCUCCUUACUAUCGUCUUCAGGACACAGCGUGCCAGGUCUGCCGUUCUUGGUCAUAUUGCCGGUACAGACUGUUACAGGGAUCUGGAGAAAUACGCAAAUGCACUCCAGGUCCCUGGUGUGACUGUGUUUUCCUCCUGUAAUCCACUUUACUAUGCCAAUAUAGACCAGAUCUUCACAUCACUCAAACAGGCAGUUAGUAAAGGCAUUAGGGAGAAUCCCACAGUAAAUCCUCCAGACCAGCAGGGGGGUCAGAGUGCUCAGCACUGCGUUAUUCUGGAGCUCAGUGGAGUCACCUUCAUGGACUCAGUGGCCAUGGGCACAUUCAAAUCAGUGCUUCAGGACUUUGAGAACACACAGACCUCGUUUUUCUGUGCUGCAUGUCCAGAUGGUUUACUAUCUCAGAUGAAGAACCAUGGUUUAGUUCCAGAUUUUCUGUCUCUUUCCUCAUUUUUCCCUUCAGUGCAUCAUGCAGUCCUGCACUACCAGGGGCUACAGAACACAGACGUUACAGACCUUUAAUGACCUCCCUUCAUGAAUGACGGAUACAUGAACCUGCAAGCCCUCAGCACUUCCAAUUUUGAUUUAAUGGUUUGGAACAAUUUUUUGCAUUCAUCUGGAUUUAAGGUGAUAUGUGGCAACAGCUGUUUGUUUAUCGGCUAUUGAACAUGAAAUUAACCCUGACACCAUGGCUAGAAUUGACAUAUGACCAUGGUUUAUGUCAGCUGUUUUAUUUACUUGCUUGUUGCUACAUUUGUUGUUUUUGUCAUUAUUCUACUUUUAGAUUAGAUGGCUGAAAUAUAUAAUAUAGAAGUGUCCUCAAAACAUUAUGUACAUGUCUGUGCAUCUGUAAUCUCCCAGAUUCUUAUUAACAUAUGUUUGUUUUUUAUGUUAGAGACCAAUUUGGUUUGUAGACAGUAAAAUAAAUCAAAUAUGUACAAAAGAACAACAUGAAUAGUAUGGAAAAUAAAGAUCUAAAUAAUUA